AUGACGAGUCAGACACAUUUAAGACGUCGCUCGGCUCUGGUUGCGCUUCUUUCCCUAGUCGCCGGUGCUCAAGCAGUCACUACAUACUGCCCUUCCGGGGCCACAAACGUCUGCUAUGGCAUUGGCAUACCGGAAUCGACAGCCAGUAAGGGGACUGGUAACAUCUACUUUAGCAUCUCCGCGCCAACGUCGUACCAGUGGGUCGCCCUUGGUACAGGCACUAUGAUGUCCGGCUCCAACAUGUUUGUCAUGUACCAGGACGGCAAGGGCAACGUUACGAUCUCGCCCCGUGCCGGCACAUUUCACACACCGCCAUCACAGGACACGAGCAGCAAUGCUGCAAAACUCACCCUGCUAGCCGGCAGCGGCGUAUCUGGUAACACUAUGACCGCCAACGUCAUGUGCUCUAACUGUGAAUCAUGGGGCUCCAGUGGGCAACUGUCCGUCACGAGUACCAAUGCGCCAUGGAUAGGCGCCUGGCGCGCUGGCAGCUCCCUGGCCACAACAAACAAAAACGCUGCCCUCACCGUGCAUGACAACACAGCCCAGUACAAGUUGGACUUGACAAAGGCCACCAUCAACAGCGACAGCAACCCGUUUGUUUCUUCGAGCAGCGGCGGAAGUGGCAGUGGCACUGGAAGCGGUAGCGGUAGUGGUAGCGGCUCGGGUAGUGGCUCGGGUAGUGGAACGGGUGGUGGGACGGGCAGUGGAAACGGAGGCGGGAACAGUGGUGGUGGCUCCUCCUCCAACAAUGGCGCCACGGAGGUCUCGUCGUCUGCCCCUAGCGCCGCGAUCUUGACUGCGCAUGCUGUCAUCAUGGCCCUGGUCAUGGUCGUGCUCUAUCCGUUGGGUUCGGCGCUCAUGCCGCUCUUGGGGAAGUGGUUGUUGCACGGCGCCUGGCAGGGUAUUGCCUACCUUUUGAUGUGGGCUGGCUUUGCCCUGGGUAUCAUUGCAGCCCAGCAGAGAGGACUGUUGCAUGUCAGCGAAGCGCGCCCCCAUACGGUCCUCGGGGCCGUUGUUGUUGCUACAAUGGCAUUCCAGCCAAUGCUGGGCUUGCUGCACCACCGCCACUUUACCAAGAACCAGGGCCGGGGCGUUGUGGGCCACAUUCACAUCUGGCUAGGCCGUAUUCUUAUGAUUAUGGGCAUCGUCAACGGCGGGUUAGGUUUGCAGCUGGCGAUGGCAUCCAAGUCCGUUAUGAUUGGCUACUCGGUGGCGGCCGGGGUCAUUUUCCUCGCGUAUGUGGCUGCAAAGGGUGUCGGUUCGUUCGUUUUGGCGCCUUCACGCGCCAAGAACGUCGACCGCGGUGUGCCUGUCUCUGGCAAUGGCCGUCGCUAUGAAGGACCCGAGCCGGAUAUGGCCUACCACCCGGACGGUGACUACCAGCAGCCGGCGCCGCAGCAACAAAACGAUUGGCGGAACAAGGGUCCAGCAGCCGCUAGGAAUGAGAGCAGUACCCACUACUCCCAUGCGAGCAGUGCUGACAACAACGGCACGUCCGUGUCGCCAUCGCUGCCGCCAAUGCGUGCGCAGCAGCCAAACGCAGCUAGACGGCCAAAUGAGGACAGAAAUGGCGGCUACCGGAAUCGCAUGAGGAGAGAGGAGCAAAGGUAUGCUUGA